CAGGGACUCGAAGUGCAGCCCGCAGCCUCCGAAUCGGCAAGUGUUGGAGAAGAAGGAGGCGGCAGCGAUGCCUGUCAUGAUCUUCGCUACAUUGAACGACAAGCGGGGGCGAGCGGAAAGGAGCUGGAGCAGGCACGUACAUCUAGCCUAGUGGGACCAACCUCUAGAAGUCUGAAGAGGUCUAGGAACAGAACUCCAUCACUCAUGCGACAGUGAAUGGUUUAUGAGGAGCCAGUGACAGUGAUGAACUCCGAUCAGGAACGGCCGUUCGUGUGCAGCGCUCCAGGCUGCUCUCAGCGUUUCCCCACUGAGGACCAUCUAAUGAUUCACCGCCACAAGCAUGAAAUGACCCUCAAAUUCCCCUCUAUCAAAAGCGACAACAUGCUAUCAGACCAGACACCUACACCGACACGCUUCCUGAAGAACUGUGAGGAGGUGGGACUGUUCAGUGAGCUUGACUGCUCCAUUGAGCAGGAGUUCUGCAAGGCCCAAGAGGAGGAGGACAGCAAACAGAACAUUGCUCUUCAUGGGCAGGCAAACAGCCAGCACCAGCAAUCACAUGGCAGAAUGGCCAACCAUGACAGCAGCAUAGUGAUACAGCAGGCCUUGCCUUCACCUCAGUCCAGCUCCGUCAUCACUCAGGCACCCUCCACCAACAGACAGAUCGGCCCAGUCCCUGGUUCUCUGUCAUCGCUGCUGCACUUGAGAAACAGACAGCGACAGCCUCUGCCUGCCUCCAUGCCUGGCACACUGCCAGACCCCACCAUGCAGGGAUCCUCCGCUGUGCUCAUGCCCAUGGAGAGACAAAUGUCCAUGGGCUCCAACAUGAUGGGCAUGCAAGGCCCUACCCACAGCAGUUCCUGCUCCUCCCCCCACGUCCCUACCAUGCACUCAGAGGCAAAGCUGAGACUAAAAGCUGCUUUGGCUCACCAUCCGGGCCCCAUCGCCAAUGGCAACAUGAACACAAUGGGCCACAUGAUGGAGAUGAUGUCAUCGCGACAGGAGCAGAGUGGCCACCACCACCUGCACUCGCACCCUCACCAGCACAUGCAGGCUCCGCCCCACGGCUACCCUCAUCACACCCACCACCACAGCCACGCCCAGAGUGGCCACCACCACCCACAGAGCCAUGGGCACCACAACUCUCAUCCAGGUCACCUCCACCCCGCACAUGGGCACCAGACCUCCCCUCACCCGCCCAUGCACUCCGCUGCCUCUCAGUUAUCUCCAGCUGCACAGCAAAUGCAGCCAACACAGACACUGCAGUCUCCGCCUCCCAGUGGGGGUCGGCGCAGGCGGGUGGUGGAUGAGGACCCUGAUGAGCGACGGAGGAAGUUUCUGGAGAGAAACCGGGCAGCCGCUACACGUUGCAGGCAGAAGAGGAAAGUAUGGGUGAUGUCUCUGGAGAAGAAAGCUGAGGAGCUCACCCAGACCAACAUGCAGCUACAGAAUGAGGUGACCAUGCUGAAGAAUGAGGUGACUCAGCUCAAGCAGCUUCUGCUGACCCACAAAGACUGUCCCAUCACGGCCAUGCAGAAAGAGUCGCAAGGUUACCUCAGUCCAGAGAGCAGUCCGGCAGGAAGUCCCACUCCUGUGACCCAGCAGCAGGUCAUCCAGCACAACACCAUCACCACCUCCAGCACUGCGCCCAAUCACCGCACAGACAUCAACCCUAUCCACUAGAGACACGACCUGGACAAGCCCCAGCAGUGGACACUCUUAACAGCUGCACCAUGAGCUCCACAAACAGACGCACAGCUCUGUGCCUCUGCGGCAACUCUUUCUUCCAUAUGUGUUUAGUACAAGUAAAAUCUCAUGUUUCGUUUUUGUCCUUUUUUAUCAUUUGGAACUAGCUUCCAGAUUCAUCCAGUGCUGAGCUGGUAGCACGACUUGCAACAUGUUCAGUCAUUAGGUACAGAAUGGAGGGGUUGCCGUGGUUUCACAGAAGAAGAUGGAGCUCAGAGGCUCCUGCAUUUCUGUAUGUUUUACUGAUUCACUGACUGGCCCUUUGUCAAAUACUACUGCCUUCACACUUAUGCAACACAGUCUGAUUGUAGCCAUGAUGUGUGCUAUCUCUUUGCUCUGAACUGUAAUGCCAAAACAAAGCUGUUUCUUCUGAACUUUUCUACUAAGGAUUCAUAAUAAUUAUUCUUCUAUCCCCUUUUUGAUCUUUUCUUUGAUCCCCCUUCUGAUCUCCAAAGCAAUGAGCUAAGAAAGUUGCCUAAUUAAUAAGCCAUUAUGCAUUGUAAAUAAUGCUAGAUGGAAGCAAUAUACAUCUCUCUGACGUAUACUCAAUAUUGUGCCUGUCUUUACAUUUACCCGAAUCAAUUAAUCAUCUCACUGCAGUGUUUUUUCUCUUAGCUGUUGUUUGGCUCUGCUGCUUUCAACUUUGAUAAGUUAUUUGUUAAAGCAGCAAGCCUCCAUCAUUUGAAAGGGAUUUCUUCAUAGGCACUACUCUGUUUAUUAACCUGGUAUGAUCAGUCAUUUAUAUGAAGUGGUGAGUGAGUCUGAGCUCUUGCCUUGUUGAUCAUGCGUUAGAUUUCUGGUCAUGCCCAGAGUGGAUAAAUUCACUGCUCUAGCAUUAUGCCCCCCUGCAGACAUCUCUGUUUGCUUAAACUUCUAGAUUUGAAGGCUUUCUCUGUAGGAAGAAAAUGAGAACCAGCAAUCAAUGUCUGUCUAGGUCAGCUUGGUCAUUGUCCAGUUGGUGUAGCUCCACUAAACACUCUACAAAAUCUAUGUAUGGAUUUACAGCUCUGAGCAUGGCCAGAAGAGUCUGUCUCUGAGCUGCCCAUUCCUGGACCUGCACUUGCAUCCAGCCUAGUCUGAAUGUCACUUUAACAACUAGAGAUUUGGGGGAAACCUUAAUGAACACAAAGGCCAAGAAGCUUGUUCAGUUUCCUACUUUGUCUUCAAGUAAGAGUCUCCCUCUGGCCAUCAUUCAGUAUUUGACCCCAAAAGAUGCUGAUAACGCUGGUGUCUGGAUUGAGACCCCUGCGUGUGCAGGAAAGCGCAUGAGCAGCUCUGCCUUACAUGGACCAAGCAAAACCUCAGUAGAAGUCUAAAGAAGAUUCUGUAGGAGUCUAUAGCAGAUUCUGUAGAGGUCUAUAAGAGGUUCUGGAAAUGUGCUGCUGCACUGGAAAUCUGAAUAGCUAGCAGCUCAUUCUUACUAUAAGGACAUUCCAAUAUCAAACUUUUUUUGACCUUUGUGUUCUUGUUUUGGGAUGUUUGUGCAAAGGACCUCUUUACCUCAGGAUUGCAUAGUCAAAGACCCGUAGCUGGCCGUCGUGGCUUUAAGUGGCUGAAUAGGGCUUGAAGCCCUGAUGAGGUCGCAUCUAUUAGCUGGCUCCCUUUAACUUUGACUUAUAAUCUAGUGGUUUAGUUCAGUUGUCUGCCUCUAAAAGAAUGUAGCAUUUUACUAUUUCUAAACAGGUACCUGUUUAUACUAUGCUUUCCAAAUCUCACAAUGUGCCUGAACUAUUCUGUGUCUUACACAUAUACAGAAGAAUGUCAGUCAUUAUUAACACAUUAAUGCAUUAUUCUGUUUAUUAUUUUCCAAUCAGGUAGUAGUGUUGAAGCUUUGAGACAUUUUUAGCCUCUUUUGUAAAUGUUUAGACUAAUUGCAUGGUUGCAUUGAGGUUCAGGGAUUCAUUUUGGGGUUGAUGGACAUUGGCUUAUAUCUCCAGACCAUGGAGGCCUGUGAUGAGAGCACCUUGAUCUUCUUUGAGUUUUCUCAGGCUUCCAUGGCCAAACGUGGACUAAGUCUUGUUUGCUCAUGUAAGGAGAAGAAAUCUUCCAAAACCCCCAUUCAGCAAGAAAAAGGGCCUUUCUUCCAGCAGCUAAGCUCCAAACUCUGUUCCACGCAUCUCACGGCUCACUGAGGACAAUUCCCCCCUCCUAAACGGAACAUGUUGAUUCCCUUUGCCUUUCGACACAGCACUAUGUCCGGAACAGGAGUAUGCUAACCAACCUCCACAUUGAGAGGAGAAAUCAUGUAGCUGUCUAUGCACUUUUUACCUCUGUGAGUCCAGCAGAGGAUGGAAUAGCCAUAUUGAAGACUCAGCGAUUAUUCUGUUCCCACACCAGCGAGAGACAGCCACUGUCGUCCUCUGGAAACAAUGGCACCACAGCCUUUUGUAGCCCCCCCCACCUCCCCACCAACCCUCUAAAAAUAAACAAAAUGACCCUUAAUGAGUUAUCCUACUAGAACAAAAUGGAACAUCCAGCUUGAUUCUCAUCCUUUGGCCUCACAUCUUGGAACAGACUGGCUCAGACAGAUGCUUAUAGCUUUAAAACAUUUCAGAGAUCUGUCUUUCUAUCUGCAAAAGUUUGUAGGUAACUUGUUUUUUAUUCACACUGUGAAUGUAGCUGAUGGUAAUAAAGUGAAAACAGGACAGAGUUUUGUACUGAGUGUUAAACUUCAUCCACUAUAUUUGAUCAGUUUCUGCAGUUUCCCCAAUCUAACCAUUAAACUAUGUAGCUUAAACCAGCACCUGCCACAUGUAGCUUUGAAAUAAGGGGAUUGGGGUUUCAUUCUGUGAUUAUGGUUACAGCUGAGUGGGAACCUGCUACUUUGGUGUCAUCUCAGUGUGAUUUUCAUUACUGCACUCUAACUUCUGGAUAGUAAGCCAGUGAGCUACCAAGUUGGCCACUAUUGCCAUCCUAUGCCAGAAUAAAAAAAUAAAUGUGAUACUUCUGCAAAAAUUCUCACUCUUUACCUUCACAUUCUCCAGAAUGGAAAACAGGUUUUACUGGAGAUUGAAAUGGGUCUCCAUGGAGGACCAUAUGGUUGUUAUUGGAUACAAUUAGCACUGCUUGGAUCUCAAGCUAUCCUGGAGUAGCAAAGUUAAACAACUGUCAGAAGUCCUGCCAUAUUUUGUCUUUGUCUUUUCUUUGCAAACAACACCAGACUGUGUUAACGUCGGAAGCAGAGAGCAAACAUUCAACUGGAAUAAUCUGUAACAGUGCUCUCAGAAAAAUAUUACAUGUUUAAUCUCAACUCUGUUUUAACAGCAGGACAUUGGUCCUUUUUAAUAUGAGCAGAUAGAUUUGUCUUUUUGUAUUCACAUUCUGAGGCAAGAGAGGGAAAACUGUGUGCAAGUAUGCUUGCGUUUAUGUGUGCAUGUGUGCGCGUGUUACUUUUCUUUUGUGAGGUGGUGGACUGAGUACACAUUAAUAAAAGUAUAAAUGUAUCAUUUGAAACAUAAAACUAUAAAUAUUGUAUAGAUUCUCAUUAAUUUCUGUAAUCUUGCUCAUGUAAUGCAACCACCUUUCUUUUCGAAAGGAGUAAAUGCUUGGUACAUGUUUGUAAAUAAUGUUCGCGUAGCACUUGCAGUCUUCAAAUGUACGUCUGUUCAUUUCUGCGCUUAAACCUUCAUUGUUUAUUACAAAUCAUGAAUUCAGACAAGCUUGCAUAACUUUGUACAUUUUAUAUAUGUUCAUUAAUGCCUUGAAUGUUUGUGUUUGUUCAUUUGUUUGUUCAUGCAUAUGUACAGAUGUGAGAUCACAGCAGCUAUAUUACAGUAUGGAAAUAAAGCACUUGUUCAGUAA